AUGAUGAUUCAUCUAUCAUUUCUACAAACCUUUAUUUUUUGUUCCAUCAUUCUCAAUACGAAUAGUAAAUCUCAAUCGAGACAGUAUCAAAAUGUUUUUAAUAUUCCACAAUAUUAUUAUCAACAACAACAACAACAACAACAGCAACAGCAACAGCAGCAACCACUGACGGUCAACGGUCAAAAAUGGUUUUAUUCAUCUAAUCAACAACCGUACGCUUAUUCGUGGUAUUGGACAAACAAUGACGUUCCAUCAUCGAAUUUCUAUAAGAAUAGCUUGCCAAUGAAUCAGGGCGAUCAAAUGUCCGACUGGGCAUGCGGACGAAGUCCAGUAACGAAUCGAUUUUCUCGCAUCAUGGGUGGACAAGAUGCUGUACCUCAUUCCUAUCCAUGGAUGGUUUCAUUAGCAAAACGUUCACUAAAUGACUUACACUUGUGCGGUGGAGUACUUAUUACUAGACGGCACGUUCUUACAGCUGCACAUUGUAUGGAAGAUUUCAAAGGUGUUUCUGACAUGAAUAUCGUUGCGGGUAUGCACUAUACGAGUGAAAGCAAAAAUGCCAUUCCUGCAUUAACAAUUGACAUUCAUCCACAAUAUGAUCCUGAAACAUUUGCUAAUGAUAUCGCAAUUGUAACAUUGGCCUCGGCUUUACCGGAAAAUGAUCCGAGAAUCGGCACAAUUUGCUUGCCACCGGAUGAUAUGAUAGGAAAAAAUUAUCCUACUUCGAAAUCAUCCGGUGUAGCCAUUGGUUGGGGUUCGACGACAUUCGGCGGUCGACCAUCUACAUCAUUGAAACAAGUUAUUUUACCAAUCCUCGACGCGACGAAAUGGCCGUGUAAUAUCUAUGUGACUUAUACUCAGGGACAAAUUUGUGCAGGUGAAUUAAGUGGAGGUGCAGAUACUUGUCAAGCAGAUUCAGGAGGACCAUUAAUGUUAGAAAAUGCCGAUGGCCGUUGGGAAAUUGUUGGUAUAACAUCAUUUGGUAAAUCAUGUGGUAAACCAAACUCACCUGGAGUUUACACACGUGUUGGCACUUACAAUAGUUUUAUUCGAUCUAGUAUAAGUCUAUCGAGAAGUGCUUUUUACUAUUCUUCUUCUAUUCGUUCGUUUCAACUAUAUUCGUAUAAUAUUCUCGUCAGUAUUUCGUUGAUAGUAUCAUUCUUAGUGUGA